GCGCAGUGCGGAAGGGACGGCGGGGCCGUGGCGGAAGGGAGGUCCCGGCGGCUGCCGGGGAGCCGAGCCGAGCCGGGAAGGGCGGCCGGAGGCGGCGGCAGGGCCGGACCGCCACCGAUAAAGGCAAAAUGGCUUUCAGUAAAGGAUAUCGUGUCUAUCACAAGCUGGAUCCCCUUCCAUUCAGUGUGAUAGUGGAAGCCAGAAACAGAGAAGAAUGUCUCAUGUUUGAAUCUGGAGCUGUGGCUGUCCUCUCAUCUGCAGAAAAAGAUACAAUCAAGAAUACUUACUCCAAGGUAAUGGAUGCAUAUGGGCUUCUAGGCGUUUUAAGAUUAAACCUUGGAGACACGUUGCUACAUUAUUUGGUUCUAGUAACAGGAUGCAUGUCUGUGGGAAAGAUUCAAGAUUCUGAAGUCUUUCGAGUUACUUCCACUGAAUUUGUAUCAUUACGAAUUGAUUCAUCAGAUGAAGAUCGUAUUUCAGAAGUGCGCAAAGUUUUGAAUUCAGGAAACUUUUAUUUUGCAUGGUCUGCAACUGGUGUCAGUUUAGAUCUUAGUCUUAAUGCUCACCGCAGCAUGCAAGAGCACACCACUGACAACAGGUUUUUCUGGAACCAAUCACUUCAUCUACAUCUGAAGCACUAUGGUGUGAAUUGUGAUGACUGGUUGUUACGGCUCAUGUGUGGAGGAGUGGAGAUAAGGACAAUUUAUGCAGCUCACAAGCAGGCAAAGGCUUGUCUCAUUUCACGACUAAGCUGUGAACGAGCUGGGACCAGGUUUAAUGUUCGGGGAACUAAUGAUGAUGGUCACGUUGCAAAUUUUGUUGAAACAGAGCAGGUGAUAUUUUUAGAUGAUUCUGUGUCGUCUUUCAUACAGAUUCGAGGAUCUGUUCCAUUAUUUUGGGAGCAGCCAGGCCUGCAGGUGGGAUCCCAUCGUGUCAGAAUGUCAAGGGGUUUUGAGGCGAAUGCACCAGCUUUUGACAGGCAUUUCCGAACUCUUAAAAAUUUAUAUGGCAAGCAAAUUAUUGUAAAUUUACUUGGGGCAAAAGAAGGGGAGCACAUGCUCAGCAAAGCUUUUCAGAGCCACUUGAAAGCAUCUGAACAUUCAGCUGAUAUCAAUAUGGUGAACUUUGACUAUCAUCAAAUGGUUAAAGGUGGGAAAGCAGAAAAACUACACAGUGUGCUUAAACCUCAAGUCCAGAAAUUCUUAGAGUGUGGAUUUUUUUAUUUUGAUGGAAAAGAAGUUAAAAGAUCUCAAAGUGGUACUGUCAGAACAAACUGCUUGGACUGUCUGGAUAGAACAAACAGCGUGCAGGCUUUCUUUGGCUUAGAGAUGCUAACAAAACAGCUGGAGGUAUUAGGAUUAGCAGAGAAGCCUCAACUGGUUACUCGCUUUCAGGAAGUUUUCCGAUCCAUGUGGUCUGUCAAUGGUGAUUCUGUCAGUAAAAUUUAUGCUGGAACUGGAGCCCUUGAAGGAAAAGCUAAGGCUGGAAAGCUGAAGGAUGGUGCUCGUUCUGUGACCAGAACGAUUCAAAAUAACUUUUUUGAUAGCUCCAAGCAGGAGGCCAUUGAUGUUUUGUUAUUGGGAAAUACCCUAAAUAGUGAUUUAGCAGAUAAAGCACGGGCUCUCUUAACCACCAGCAGUUUACGCGCAUCUGUAAAAGUGCUAAAGAGUAUGUGUGAAAACUUUUAUAAGUAUGCAAAACCGAAAAAAGUUAGAGUCUGCGUUGGGACAUGGAACGUCAACGGGGGGAAGCAGUUUCGAAGUAUUGCCUUUAAAAAUCAGACCCUCACUGACUGGCUUCUAGACGCACCAAACAUAGCUGGUAUUCACGAAUUCCAAGAUCGAAGAAGCAAGCCUGUAGACAUAUUUGCCAUUGGAUUUGAAGAAAUGGUGGAGUUAAAUGCAGGAAACAUUGUGAAUGCAAGCACAACGAAUCAGAAGCUCUGGGCUGCUGAACUGCAGAAGACUAUAUCAAGGGAUUACAAGUACGUGCUGCUGGCUUCCGAGCAGUUAGUGGGCGUCUGCCUGUUUGUGUUCAUCAGACCCCAGCACGCUCCUUUUAUCAGGGACGUCGCUGUUGAUACUGUAAAGACUGGUAUGGGAGGAGCCACUGGUAAUAAAGGUGCAGUAGCAAUUCGGAUGUUGUUUCAUACAUCCAGUCUUUGCUUUGUCUGCAGCCAUUUUGCUGCAGGACAAUCACAAGUUAAAGAGAGAAAUGAAGACUUUGCAGAAAUAGCUCGCAAGCUCAGUUUUCCGAUGGGAAGGAUGCUUUUUUCCCAUGACUAUAUCUUUUGGUGUGGUGACUUUAAUUAUCGAAUAGACAUUCCUAAUGAAGAGGUUAAGGAACUAAUACGACAACAAAACUGGGAUUCCCUUAUAGCAGGAGACCAGCUUAUCAAUCAGAAAAAUUCUGGACAGAUUUUUAGGGGAUUUUUAGAGGGGAAAAUUAAUUUUGCUCCUACGUACAAAUAUGAUCUGUUUUCGGAUGAUUAUGACACCAGUGAAAAAUGUCGCACACCAGCAUGGACAGAUCGUAUUCUUUGGAGAAGAAGGAAAUGGCCUUUUGACCGAUCAGCUGAAGACCUGGAUCUUCUGAAUGCUAGUUUUCACGAUGACAGUAAGGUCCCUUAUACGUGGAAUCCUGGUACAUUGUUGCACUACGGAAGAGCGGAGCUGAAAACGUCUGAUCAUAGGCCUGUGGUGGCAUUGAUUGACAUUGACAUAUUUGAAAUUGAAGCAGAAGAGAGACAGAAAGUUUAUAAGGCGGUGAUCGCAAUGCAAGGACCACCUGAUGGCACAGUAAUGGUCUCCAUCAGAAGUUCUUCAGGAGAAGAAAGCUAUUUUGAUGAUAACUUGAUUGAUGAUCUUCUUCAAAAAUUUGCAAGCUACGGUGAAGUUAUACUUAUAAGGUUUGUGGCAGACAAGAUGUGGGUAACCUUUUUGGAAGGAAGCUCUGCUUUGAAUGUCCUGAAUUUGAAUGGUACUGAGCUACUAGGAAGGAUUAUAAACAUAAGCUUGAAAAAUCCAGACUGGAUCAGAAGUUUGGAAGAUGAAAUGAAUCUAGAGAAGAUGAAUGUUGGGCUGCCUUCAUCAACAAGCUCCACUUUGCUUUGUGAAGAUGCUGAGGUUACUGCAGACUAUGAUAUGGAAGGUGACAUCGAUGACUAUAGCGCUGAAGUAGAAGAAAUCCUUCCUCAGCAUCUGCAGCCAACGUCAAGCUCUGGUCUUGGAACCUCCCCAAGCUCUUCACCACGUUCCAGUCCCUGUCAGUCCCCUACACUGUCAGAUGGACCUGCACUUCCAGUGAGACCAAGCCGAGCACCUACAAAAACUCCAGGACCACCCAUUUCCACACACAGUGAAAGUCAGCUUGGUACCCAGCAGAAAGAGUCUUCUCAGACCUUAGAGCCUAAGCGUCCUCCACCACCUCGCCCUGUUGCUCCUCCCGCACGUCCUGCUCCGCCGCAGAGGCCACCUCCACCAUCAGGCGGUAGGAGUCCUGCACCUGCUAGAAAAGAAGUUGGAGGUCUUGGAGCUCCUCCCAGUCCUGGGGUAGCUAAGAGAGAAGUAGAAGCACAAAAAAGUCCUGGAACACAAAGAAAAGAUAACUUAGUUCGUAGCCAGCCUCCACCUUCAACUGGAUUUUCAAGUGCAGGAGCUGCUGGAUACGCUGCUACUCGACCGACUGUUCCACCUCGAGCUGGAGUUAUUAGUGUACCACAAAGCCAUGUCCGUCCCUCUGGUGGAAGACCAGCACCUGAACCUCAAACCAAACCAGCUGAACCACCAAGGGGCUCACCGUUGCUUCCUGAACCACUCAAGCCUCAGGCUGCUCCUGCCCAGCCCGUCCCUCAGCCACCGCCUGUGCUAAGGAUGCAGGGGCCGCUGAUACCAGUGGCAUCACACCCAUCUCAGACAAGUGCCCCACAAAGUCUGGAACCACCCCCACAACCGCCUCCUCGUAGCCGAUCAUCUCACAGUUUGCCUUCUGAAUCUGCUCCUUCACAGCAGCAAAUUAAAACAAAUGGAACCUACGGCACUCAACUCGAAACACAGUUAAAUAGUGACCCUUUUGAAGAUCUGUCAUUUAAGCUGCUUGUAUCAAAGAUGCAGACAUCUGUUCGAACAUCAGCUGUUCCAACUUCAAACCAAAAGGAGUUGAUGCAGUUACCUUCUGCAACACAAAGAAAUUAUGAUAUUUUGAAUACUGUAAAUUGCAUGCCAGCAAUGCCUCCUACUCCAACCUUUAACGCAUCCCAGGAACAUAUGCGCAGCUCUCCAAAUCCAUUUGUUACUGGACUGAACUGCACAAAUCCAUUCACUGAAAGAACCGUUAAUGCUGGAAACCCAUUUAGAACAGAAACCCAAGAAUCUGAAUUAACUUCACAUUUACUGGAAGGACGUGCUGCUUGCAAUCCUUUCCCUUCCCUAAAUCCCCCCAGUCGUAAUACGAGCAAGCCUGUAUUUUCUGUUGAUGCAUCUGAAAACAGUUUUUGCUUGCGAAGUAACUCUCUCAUGGUAAAAAAUGUACAGCCAAAAGGAUGGGUAACGUUUGAGGAGGAGGAGAAUUUCAGUGUAAAGCUAAAGCCAUCUAAAAGUGUUCCAGAUUUUAAGCGAAUCGGUUCCAGGAAGUCAGCUGGAUCUCCAGAUUUGCUGGGCACUGAACAAAAUACUUUUAUUGGUUCAGACUUUAACUUUGAUAUUGACUGGAAUAAAAGUUCUACUGAUUGCUUCUAUACAAUGCCAGCAAGAAGACCACCUGCACCUCCUAUACCAUCAAGAAUAACCAGCAACAGAUCCCCUGCAGAUCCUUUCACUUCUUCUUCGGCACCUAAGGUGUCACCAACGCAAGAUUUUACAGAAAGAUAGGUGUUCAAAAAUAUAAGAGGAUAUAUUUGUUGCUAGAUUUAUCCAGUAGAAUAAUUGGGCAUUUGAGAUUAUUCUGUGUGCAAUAAUUAAUUGUCAAAUGCACUGAAACUUUACUCAUAAGCAGCCACUAUUAUUUGUGUAUAAAUUUUGAAUAUGUAUAUAUGGUAGAGCACAAAAAAUUGUCUGAAACUUAUUAAAAUCCCAAUGUAAUAGUAUUUGAAUAGACAGAAAAAGAAGGAUGAGCUACUAAUCUCAAUAAAAUAUACCAACCUUGGAAAUAGUUUUUGCUUAGGGAGCUCUCAUUUCUGUUCCCCUUUGUGGAAUUUCAAAAGAGGCUCCCUGCUGGUAGCCUUCCCACUCCCUUUUUACUGUUUUGUUAAUUGAUAUUUAUAAGUAUUUACCAAAGAGCUGCCAAAGUUUAUUGAGAUUUGAAUGUUGACAAGUAUUGUUUAGAAGUUGUUUAAUUUAUAACAGAGGCUAUGGAGAUUUGUAAGGCUUAUAUUUGAAUUUGAGGCACAACAGAAAUAGUUUAAUUUCAAAAUACAAACAAUGUUUUGUGUAUUAAUAUAUUCACUACUUGACUUCAAUUUUCUGUGUCAGUACAUUUCAGCUGUUAAAUAUUAUUGUCACAUAUAUUGACUAGCAUUAGUUCAGAGUAAUUGUUCCAUAUCAUCCACUUAUUCAUUACUAUUUUAAAUAUACUUUUUUCCCCCCCCACAAAUUGGAAACAAUUGACAUAAGUUUUCCCUCAACCUCUGGAAAAAAAUCCCCUUGAAUCUUGAUAUAUAUAAAGCAGUCUUUUACCAGUUACAGACAACAUAUUACCAUUAGCUUGUCCCACCGUCUUCUUUCACAUGUUGGAAGGGCUUUCUUGUCCUAUAGAAGGCCCCGGGUGAAAGAGUCAGCGGUCAUAGUGCAACAUCAGAGGAGAAAGUCACCUUACAUGUUUGGGCUGUCCUCCCACCAUCCUUCCUGUCUACUAUACUUACUGCUGCAUUUGUCAAAAAUCUCGCCUUCAAAGAAAAGAGAACAGCAGUUCUCUGAGAUGAAUGUUAUCAUACAGUCGCUUUUGCAGUUAUACUAAAUAUGUGACCCUUUGUUCCCCAGAGACGGUGACCAUCCUGUGUGUGGUGCUGCUUUGAGGCUAGCAAAAGGCAGUUUUACAUAUUAUUCUAUAAAAAUACAACUCCGUGCUUUUAUGUUUUCUAAAGCUCACAUGAAAUUACAUAAAAUGUAGUAUUUUAUUAUCUUGAGGAAAUUUAAAAUUACUGAUUUCCUUACAAUUUGCAGUGUCCUGGGACAUAACUUCCAUAUGCAGAUGUGUGCUUUCACCAAAAGCUGAACGUGUCACGAUGUUGUCAUCUCUUGGGGGACUGCAACUGCCUGCCUACGCUCAUUGGCUUACUUGCAAACAAACUGUACUGGUUCUGCAGAACCACUGACUGAAACUCAACAUACUAGCGUUAUAGUAGUAAAAUACAGAACGACAAUACUUUUUUAAAAUUCUCAAACGCUAUCAAAACAUUAUUUAUAAAAUAAUCCACUCUUCCUUUUCACACUGUCUGGUUGGCCAUGAGCUGCAGCUGGGUAGAGAAGUGACUAUCGUGAGUUUUAUAUUGUGCUUUUUUCUGUUCAGCUCAUUAAACAGUACUUGCACAUUUUAAACAGCCGUGGUACUCUAAUCUUUGUGCUUCAGUAUGUGGAUUACCUUGUUUUACACUGUUGCUAUAAACAUCUGUGUGAUUGGUGUUUUGGUAUAUUCUUACAUUAGCAAAACAACUUUGGGGGGAAACUUUUUCCUAGUGGGAGUUACGUGAUAAAUAUGUUCUUUGUUGAAUAUUUAAUUACAGUGAUUAAAAACUAAACUGUACCUGGUAUACAGCACCUCUGCACUAUACAGGAUUACGGAGACUGACAGCAACAUACUGCAGAGAUCACAAGAACUGCUCCAAAACUAGAGUGUGUGUGUAAAUAUAGCUAACCACCGUAACGUGUAUUAACGAAACGAAUUACUAGCAGAAGAUGUGAGACGACUAAGGGUUCAGCAUAGAGAUGCUCAACACCUUCUCAUGACUCCUGUGUUCCCUGUGGUAAAUUGCUCUGUUAAAUGUAACAGUUUUCUUGCUUGUGACACACGAUAUUUAUGGCUGUAUACUUUACAGAACCGCAGUAUUGAAACUCAGUGGCGUACACCAUGCCGUAUAUACCCUGUGGAAGGCGGUGUUGCAUUAACGAAAUAAACAUACCUGCCCU